AUGGACAUAGAGGGCACCUCCUCCCCUGACAGCCCAGGGGGCUUCCACUGGAACUGGGCACUCUCUCAGUCCCUCCCUGCUCCUGGCUCCUCCGGGGCCUUCCUGGGAAAGCCUGGAGACAGGACUGCCCAACUGCUGAUGGCAGCUGAAUGUGACAAGUCAGCUCUGGGCUUUGGGAAAGGAAUCACAGUGCUGAGCCACUCCAGUCCCCAGAUCCAGAGGAGUAGCCAGAUCCAGGGCCAAGGCAGAGAACACAACAGCCGAAGACUCGGCAUGACUCUAAAACUGGGCUGGGCAGGGGAGCUGGCAGAGAUGUUCCCCCUCUCCAAGGUGGCUCACCUAGAAUUGGUAACUAAGAAGUCAAAUAUUAAGCCAGAGUAUGUGAUUCAGCUUCUCAACAAGUCUUGCUAUAAAGAAAUCAAGCUUCCCUGUGUGUACAUCACUGCAGUGGCUUUAGGCAAUUCAGAGAUCCUGAGAGCUGCCGCUUGCACAUCCUCUCUGCGGGGCGAGCCGGGAUGGGAGGAGGAAGGGAAGCCCCAGAACUCGCGAAAAAUUGGUCCAGCGGGCGGCGGACAAAAGUUUCCGAGCGCGCUCCACAGCUGGGCGGCGGAGCGAGCCCCGGCGGCCGGCCCCGCCUCGGAUGCUCCCGGCCUCCUUCCUGUGCUCGUGACGGCGCCGGGCGCCGACCCCCCCCCCCCCGCCCGCGAUGCAGGCUCGCUCCACACCGAUGGCUCCCACGAAAGCACGUACCCCGUCAACGGAAGGGCAAGGGAACAAUACGCGCCCGCACCCACCCGGCCCCGGCCCCCUUCUCUCCCGGCCCCCCCGAGCGGUGGUCGGCGUGACCGCUACCGCGAGCCCGGAACGCGCAAGGGCGAGGGGCUGCCCGCGGCCCCCUCCCAGCCGGCGCCGUCCUCCCGGGAGGAUCAAAGUCCGCAGAGCAGGGCGCGGCGGAUGCUCCCACCGAGCAGCGCCGAGCGGGACAACCCCGCGCGAGCACCCCAGACGGGCACCCCCGAGCGGACACCCCCGGAUACCUUGCGGCAGCGGCGGGCGGGCGGGCGCCGUCAUCUCCGCGCUUCCCGGCCCGAGAGGGACUCGAAAGUAUGUAGGAGAAAAGUUUCCCCUCCCACAUGGGGGGGAGGAUGUCGGGGGAGAGAGGGCGGAAGAUGGAGAGCAGCGCUGGGAAGAUGUUUCUGGCCGGCGGUGAGCGCACCAUCCGAGUCCCGGCGGUGCUGGUUAAAAAUAAACUCGGCGGCGCGGGUCGGGCCGGAUUCCUGGGCUCGGACGGCUAAUAUGGAUGCGCAUCAGGUCCUGCUGGCCCGGCGCUGCGGCAGCCGCGGCGGCUCGCGCCGGGAGCUGGUUGGCAGAGCCGGCGGCUCGGGAAGGGGAAAGGAGCGGAGGAAGGGGGGGGGGGAGGAGGAGGAGGAGCGGCCCGGCACAGCCUGAGGGGAGAGGGCUUGCCCGGCUCAUCCCCGGCCGGCCCCACCGCCCCGAGCGCAUGCUGCGCGGCGUGGGGCGUGCGGGUCCUCCGCUCCAGGAGACGCCAAGUUUCAAAAGUACAACGCGCUCUGCAGACUUCACCCUCCCCAUCCCCAAAAGUUCUUUAAAAGGUCGCUCCGGCUGUGCCCCAGACAUCUCGCUGCCGCCCAAGUUCCGCGAGCCGGAACCCCGGGCACGUACUUACGGCCGUGCAGGACGCUUGGCUCCCAGGCAUGAUGCGGUGGGCACCGGUGGGCUUCGGGGAGAGAACGAGGAGAGAUGCAAACUUGUUCCGGAAAAGGAAUCAAAAUGGCGUUUCUGGAUGUGCAAAGUUCAUCAACUCCGCAGUCACUUCCCCUCCUCCUCUUCUCCCACAGGGAGGGAGGUGGGCGAGGAGCUGGCGACCCCGGCGCCCCAGCCGUCGUCCCGGCCCCCGUCUCGGCCCCCCGCCCCGCUUCCUCGCCCGCACGCCGGGAGACUGGCUCUCCCCCUCUCACCCUGAUAAGUAGACACAUCACGUGUUGCUCCUGCGAGUCUCCUGGGGACGUGUUACUGAGCGGCCGCGGCGGCGGCGGCGGCCCGAGCUGGGGGGGUGGGGGACCGCGGUACCCUCCUGUCCCCCCCCCACCGCCACCCCGGCUUUAGAGGGGCGACCGCAGUUGCCAUCCCGGGAUGGAUGGAGGCCAUCCUCGCUCUAGGGCUGCCGCCCUGAGCGUGUUCCCCAAUACAUUCCACUUCGACUCGACUUCUGCCACCUUCCCUUCCCCACACCCCACAACGGAUGCUUCAGCGAGGGACUGCCUGCCCACGAGGGGCCGAGAGGACGGCUCCUACCGCCGCUGUGUCCCCACCCCGCGACUGAACGGCCAAUGCUGUGUCAUCCACGUCGCCCUCCAAGGCAUCAGGGAAGCCACACGCAGUAUCUCUUUCUCUCAGAGGGCUCCCGUUUCAACUCCGAAAAGCAGGGCCCUCCUCCGAGCCGCUCUCCAUCUCUCUCAGGCUCCUGCCACCGCGCUUCGCCCUGGCUGCCUUGCCCCAAGUUAUCACGGAGCCCAGAGAAACCAGGCCUAGGCUGUGCUUCCUCCAUACAGCAGCUGACAUGUUUCCAGCUGUUAAUACUUCAGCCACUGAGGUUCUGAAAGGGGUCUGUUGUCGGCCUUUGGAAACAUCCUCAGAAAGAUAAGGAUGAUUGUGAUUGUUGAAAAUAAACACCACCUCCCCCCCCCAAUUCUAAAGAUGAAUGUGCAUAGAAUACUACUGUAGAAUUAUGCGUUUGAGACUGGUUAGGCAAGAUGAUAUUAUACAGGCAGAAAGAUGGCUACUUUCUAUUUACUGUGACCUUUGACCCUGGCCCCACCACACCAGCUCCUCUGCGAAGGCUUCAGCACCAUAGAAAGUUGUAAACCCAAUUGUGGGCCUUUAAUUUGAGGCCUUCCACUCCACUCUAGUUUUCAGGGGUAGAGACAUAAGCGUCUGUCUCAGGAUGGGCCCUGGCCAGGAUAGAACUUUCUAGAACCAAGGAAAAGCAAUUGGACCAUUAGAUCUGAAUUCAGAUCAGUAGGUUAAACCACUGCCCCAGAGGGAACCAGUUCAGCUGGCUGUUUCUCUGACUUGCAGUCAUCAAAAUUAAGUUUUCAGAACCUGUUAUGUUUCCCAGGGUCUGGUAUUUACUGAGGAAAAAUCUAUCCAGAGAAAUUUUAGCAGUUGCAUUUUUCCGAGCCUCCCUCCAAAUGCUUUUUUGAAGACAAGCCUAUCAUGGAAGAAAUGGGCAGGUCUUUAAACAGAAGUAAUAGUUCACACAGUCAUCACAGAAUUGGUGUCCUGUGCUUCCACCCUGUAGCAUGUUCCAUUGAGAGGGCAAAGGAAAGGCCCUGUGGGGAGUACUAUUUUAUUUAUUCGCCCUGCCUCUGAAUUAGAAGUUAGCCUUGCUUGGUUUCCCCAUUCGGGGAUAAGUUUUUAGUAGGAAAAAUAUCAAAGUUGGAAUUUUACUCGUAAUUUAGUACAUCUAAAACAUCUAAACCUCCAUAGCUACAUGAAUUUUCAUGACAAAUCACCACCUUUAUAAUGUCAUCUAGAAAAUACAGGCAUCCGGGUGCAAUGGCUCAUGCUUGUAAUCCCUGCACUUUGGGAGCCCAAAGAGGGAGGAUCACUUGAGGCCAGGA